CUCGUAAACAUGUGUGACGCGGUGUCAUGGCGAGUACCGACAAUAUAAAGAAGAGCUCUUCCGUGUUUGUUUUAGUUUGUGUCAGUGUUAGUUAACAAAGAGGUACUAAAACAAAGGUAUGCUUCCACGAGAGUCCAAAAAAGUAACUCUGCGCAGCUAUGAAACGCCCGUGGCUUCGCUUCCGCCAAGAAAAUAUGAGAUAAUUUACCUCAACUUGUUUCUGCAUAUCGCUGGUCACAUCUCUGCUGUCUAUGGUCUAUAUCUGUGCUUCACUGCGGCACAAUGGAAAACUAUUUUCUUUGCGUACUUGUGGUUGCUGAUGGGCGAGCUGGGCGUGGUGUGCGGCGCGCAUCGCCUCUGGUCGCACCGCUCGUUCAAGGUCAAGCCGCCUCUGGAGAUUAUGCUCAUGCUCUUCAAUUGCAUCGGCUUCCAAAACACGGCGACGGACUGGGUGCGGAACCACCGCCUGCACCACAAGCACAGCGACACCGACGCGGACCCGCACAACUCCAACAGGGGCAUGCUGUUCUCGCACAUCGGCUGGCUGUGUGUGAGGAAACACCCCGACGUGAAGGAGCGCGGCAAAACUACUGAUAUGAGUGAUAUUUACAGCAACCCCGUGCUGCGCUUUCAGAAGAAACACAAAGUGCCUUUGUUCGGGGCUAUGUGCUUCGGUCUCCCGACGCUCAUACCGACACUAUGGGGAGAAGAUAUCGUCACAGCGUGGCACGUCAACCUGCUGCGAUUCGUCCUCAAUCUCAACAGCAUCUUGUUGGUCAACAGCAUAGCUCAUAAGUACGGCACUAGGCCGUACGACAGAACGAUAUGUCCGCGGCAGAACACCACCUGUAACAUGAUGACCCUGGGGGAAGGGUUCCACAACUACCACCACACCUUCCCGUGGGACUACAGGUCAGCAGAACUAGGAAAAAAUUACCUAAACUUUACAAAAUGGUUCAUAGACUUCUUUGCUCUCAUUGGCUGGGCGUAUGACCUCAAAACGGUGCCCGAUGACAUGAUCCAGAGGAGAAUGAAAAGGACAGGAGAUGGCUCCAAUUCUUGGGGCUGGGGCGACAAGGACAUGACGAAGGAAGAGAGAGACAGCGCUACUAUCAUCUAUCCUGAGAAAAAAGAUGAUAUAAAGAUGAUUUCUAAAAAAAUUGACUACUCAAAAAUUUUUAGUCAUGAUUAUUUUAGACUGUUUGAUGAGCUUUGAAUAGGUAAACCGUUUUUUAUCCCAAAAGUAUACAUAAGGGUCCGUUCAUUUAUUACGUGAGACGAUUUAGGGCGGAAAGGGGUCGACCAUGUUUAUUUUUUUACAAGGGGGUGAGAGGGGAGUCUUGAUAGUUCUUAUGCAAGUUUGUAUGGAGAACCGAGCUUUCUGCGGACUCUUAAAGAGCUGACAUGCAGGCCAUAAAACUCCAAAACAAAAAACAAAAUAUUUGACCCAAUUCUAUAUAGGGAUUGAUAAGGCAACCUAUGCUGGCGCCAUUUGUAGAAUACUUCGACCAGCCAACCCCAUUUUACUGUUAUUUGAAUAUCUGGGAUAAUUCGGGAUAUAGGUAAUAUUACUUCGAUUUUUUUUUCUAUUAUCACUUUAAUGUGUACCUAUUUAUUUGGGGUGAUUUCCUUAAUUAGGUAGACGGUAGAGGUCAGCUCGCACCGAAGUAGAUUUAUAUAUAUAUGAAUUUUAAGCUUUCUAUACCAAACGGACAAUAAAUAUAGGUAAAUUAUACGAAGAAUUAUAUUUA